AUGAGGCCAGGGCUCCAGCGACAGAGCACGGACAACCCCUCGCGAGGCCGGGCGAGAUCGACAUCUCCGUCGCUAUUCUUCCGCAGCGCUUCUGCAUCGAGUCUUCUGCGGUUCCGGCACGGGCGAACGAAAGAGCAACCUCCACCGGAGGCCGAGGAGGAUGAUAUUGAUAACUGUGCGGGCGCAUGUGCGUGCGCGGAUGAAGAAAUAUGCGAUGUGCUUCCCUCAUUUCAGAUGUACAACGCAUUACACCGACACAUUCCUCGCGGCAACGUUAAUGCGGACCAGCACGACCUGCCACCGAGCUACCAGGAGGCUUACAACGGGUCUGUUGGCGGUAUUAGCGUGUCGUCAAGUAGGGUGAACCUGACCACUAUUCAGUCGCUGGAUGGCGUGCAGUCUGACUCAUGUAUCAACCUACAGGCCUUAUCGGCGCAGCAAUACAGCCUACAAACCCCUAGCCACGAUGAGCCGAUCGAGGAUGACCUGGCCAACCAGGAUGAUGAUAAUAUCAAUAUCGAGAAACUGUACUCGUUGCCGAAAAUGGUUACUCCGGUGGAGAUUGACAUCCGAAUCACAAAACACCCAGUGAAGCCACACAAGAAGCCCGAAGAGGAAUCCAUACUGCGGGAAUACACUUCAGGUGACAUCAUAAAUGGCUAUGUGGUGAUCAAGAACAGAUCAGCCCAACCACUGAAGUUUGAAAUGUUUUAUGUUACAUUGGAAGGUUAUGCUACUGUGAUAGAUCGUAUGAAGGGUAAGCGGACCGUGAAGCGAUUUUUACGUAUGGUAGACAUAUCUGCCAGCUGGUCUUACUCGAGCGUGGAGAGUGCCAACGGGUAUGCAUAUACACAGAGCUACAAGGACUAUGACAACUGUAUACUUGGCUUGAGCAAUACGAGGGUCUUAGAACCUGGCGUAAAGUACAAAAAGUUCUUUACGUUCAAGUUCCCUAUGCAGCUGCUGGAUGUUUCAUGCAAACAUGAACAGUUUUCUCAUUGUCUUGUCCCUCCCAGUUUUGGAAUAGACAAAUACAAAUCUAACGGAAAGUAUGCUACUAUACAGACCAACCCGCUGCUUGGUUAUGGCCAUUUGGGGACCAAGGGCUCGCCAAUUCUCACAAACGAUCUUGUGAGCGAUACUGUAUCUAUCAACUAUGCGGUGGAUGCUAAGAUCGUCGGCAAAGAUAGCAAGACAGGAAAGCUGAACAUUAUGCGGGAGAAAGAGUACAACCUCCGAUUCAUUCCCUUUGGUUUUUGCCAGCCUUUUGGAGGUGAACAGGACCCGUUACAGCAGCUCGAGGAUCUCACAAACCUCAUUCAAGAUAGGCUAGCUGCUUUACGAAGGGUAUUCGAUCGACUUGAAAAAAAAGAACGAAUCCGGAGCCAAGAUUUGCGGUCCACAGAGGCACAUGGUACCAUAGAUGAAGACAUUCAACUCGAUCCACACGAUGAGCUAGACAGGAAGCUGCGGCAGCUAUACGUAAACAAUAGGCUAGAUGCAGCAUGCACUAGUCUGCCGCUUAAGGACUCUAAGCUGAUACAUCCUCACAGAAAGCUCCUUAAAUCAGAGUUCAAAUACUCUUACAGGACAAAGCAUAAAUCCUAUAAGAAGAAGCUAUUUUUUUCGGGUUUCUAUAGUGAUAACAAUCGUCAAUCGGAAGCUGCGAAGACGGGUAUUAUUCUGCUAGAAGCAGAUCAGCCCAAGGAUGGAUUCCCAUAUUUGCAACCAUCUCUACUGAAGAAGACAAACAUGUUGGCUAACAAAAACAAGCAUGACCAGAAGAACUGGAAUAGCUUGACAGCCCGUCUUACAGACAGAGAUAAACAGACACUUGAAAAUAUUGAAGUUCGGUUGCAGUGCAUUCAAGCCAAUAAUAGUGAGCAACACUCUCCGCCAGAAAUCACAGCGGUCACUACAGAAUUAGUUUGUCUCACAGCAAAGUCGGUUAAUUCCAUUCCUAUCAAGUUAGAUGCGCAACUUUUGCUAAACAAGACCAAAUUGAAGGAUAUUACAGAAACAUUUACUGCUUAUUUGGCUGAGGUGAAAGAAUACCAGUCAAAGUUCGAGGAGAAUAUCGUACAAAUAAACGAACUAUACAACAUAUCCCGCAACACGCUGUCCCGACGGGAACUGGCUUUUGGGGAUUUCAUAUCCGCCCAGCUUCUGCAUGACAUCGAGUGCCUUGCCAACCUCAGGGUUGACGUACGCAACCUGCACCACGUGUUGAAAGAACAAAUACGGACGUUGAAGAAUCCGGAUGAUGACUUGACACUAGGAGAGCCUAAGGCAACGCUAUCAUCAAAUAUUCUGACAGCUACCUUUAGUGGCUCCAGUGUUAGCUCAGGUUCUGCCCAAGCUGACCUUUAUCGAAGUCAGAUUACCCGUGACUGGGUGCCAGUGGAGGAAAACCAGUAUGUUCGGAAUGUGAACGUCAACCUGGUGCUCAACCAGGACAUCAAAGAGACAUUAGUACCCACUUUUGAAAGCUGUUUGUGCUGCCGUAUGUAUUGUAUUCGCGUGAACAUCAAGUUUGAGGGUCAAAUCGGCGUUGCAUCGCUCGAUGUUCCAGUGCGUAUACGCAUGCUUGAAGCAUGA